CAAAACAACCACACAGGAAUAAGAAUGAGAAUCAUCAUUUCUCCUGUCAGACUGUUUUUGUUCAAAGGAGACAAGGACAAAGAGAAACACCAUUGCUGCAGUAUUCACAGGUGUAAAAGACACUGAAACACCUCUUGUUUCUCAUCAUCAUCAUCAUGGAGUCAUCAUCGAUGCUGCUCUUCAUCCUUCUCUGGACUGUCGGAAGGAGUGAGGUUCAAGAUCUGUCGGGGAAACAGUUCACAUUUCCCAGCGACCCCAAAGGCAUAAACCAGCCCCGCGUUGCUCUUCGUGCUAACACCCGCUUGAUCACUGUCAUGACUGUAUGCCUUCGCUUCUUCUCCCAGCUGAACCGGAUGCAGGGACUCUUCUCUUUGGCCACCCGAGACCACUCAAAUGCUCUGAUGCUAAAUAAAGACGCUGAGGGGUCCUACAAGGUCCACGCGGGCGACGACACCUACAUAUUCACAAAGCUACCCACAAACAGGAUGGACUGGAACUCGGUCUGUUGGACCUGGGACUCUCGGACCGGGCUGACCCAGCUGUGGCUGAACGGACUUCGAACCUCACAGAAGUUGGUGGGACAGAACUAUCUGGUCAAUGGUGAUCUGAGCAUCAUUGUCGGUCAGGAGCAGGAUGCGUACGGAGGUGGGUUCGACAGGAAUGACUCGUUUGAAGGUGACAUUACCGACCUGCACAUGUGGGACCGGGUGGUGUCUGCGUGCGACCUCAGGUCCUACAUGAAUCAGGGCUCCUUCUCUCCGGGAAACCUCCUCAACUGGAACAACCUGAACUUUGAUGUGUCAGGGAACGUCUCCAUCCAGGAUGCAGAUUUUGAGGAACCAGUCUGUCAGUAAAGUGUUCUUACUGUGAGCGUAGGGCUUCAAGUUCCAGCUUCAAGCACUUUUUAUGAAACAGCAGCCAUUCGGUGGAUGCUUCAUGCUGGCUGAUGCUGUGUCAUCGUUUCCAGAUCAAUUAAAGUUCCGAUGUCUCAUUCUG